ACAGAGCGGGCGAGAGGGAGGAACUGAAGGAAAAAGAAAGAGAAAAUAAGGGGAGAUAAUUGCAGAGGAGGGGUUAGGUUCUAUAUUCUUCUCGUUAAAGCCCCACCAUUAUGAAGCCUCUUCUGCAACAACGCUUUCCCGGGGUGACAUUUUCCGCUUCUUCAUGAUCACCAUAUAAAGACGACACUGGGAGAGGAAUGAGGAAUCGGGAAUCAAUUUUGGUGUCUCGGGUGUGGAGAUUGGAUAUUCUUAAUUAUGUGCUUGAUAUUAAAUCAAUUGAUAGAAUACAUUGUCUUUUCCCACGUUGGGUGGUAGUUUCUGUCAAUGGAAUCUCGGUUUGAGCAGCUGAUCGUCGAAUUCGUUUGGGUGAUCAACAUUUAAUUAACGAUGGUUACGACAAUCAAUUUCAGAGUUGGAACUCAAGUUUUUGUCGAGGACCCUGAGGUAGCUUGGAUAGAUGGAGAAAUUGUGGAAACUAACGGCGAGGAGAUCAAAGUUAUGUGUACAUCAGACAAGACGGUUGUGGUCAAAACAUCCAAUGUCCAUCCCAAGGAUCCUGAGUUCCCUCCUUCUGGUGUAGAUGAUAUGACAAGGCUGGCAUAUCUGCAUGAGCCAGGGGUUCUCCAGAAUUUGCAAUGUCGAUAUAACACCAAUGAAAUAUAUACAUACACAGGAAAUAUAUUGAUUGCUGUGAACCCUUUUCAAAGAUUACCUCAACUCUAUGGCCGCGAUGUGAUGGAAAAGUAUAAAGGAUCAGCGAUUGGUGAACUGAGCCCACAUCCGUUUGCAAUUGCUGAUUCUGCAUAUAGGAUGAUGUUAAAUGAAGGAACAAGCCAAUCAAUUUUAGUCAGUGGAGAAAGUGGAGCUGGCAAAACAGAGAGCACAAAGAUGCUUAUGCAUUAUCUUGCCUAUAUGGGCGGGAGAAAGGAAUCUGAGGGACGAUCUGUGGAGCAGCAAGUUCUAGAGUCCAAUCCUGUUUUAGAAGCAUUCGGCAAUGCAAAGACUGUUAGAAACAAUAAUUCAAGUCGAUUUGGGAAGUUUGUGGAGCUACAGUUUGAUCAAAGGGGGAGAAUUUCAGGAGCUGCUAUUAGAACUUAUUUGCUGGAACGAUCCCGCGUCUGUCAAGUUUCAGACCCUGAGAGAAACUACCAUUGUUUUUAUAUGAUUUGUGCUGCACCAGAAGAGGAUAUUAAAAGGUACAAAUUGGAAAAUCCAAGAACAUAUCAUUACCUAAACCAAUCCAAUUUCUUUGAGUUGGAUGGAUUGGAUGAAUCCAAGGAGUACCUUGCAACUAGGAGAGCUAUGGAGGUUGUGGGUAUCACUUCUGAUGAGCAGGAUGCUAUAUUCCGAAUAGUAGCUGCAAUACUUCAUUUAGGAAACAUUGAAUUUGCGAAGGGGGACGAGCCGGAUUCCUCUGAACCAAAGGAUGAUCAAUCUCGUUUUCACCUGAAAACUACAGCUGAACUUUUGAAGUGCGACGAGAAGUCACUUGAGGACUCCUUGUGCAAACGUGUUAUGGUAACACGUGGUGAGGCCAUAACAAAAUGGCUUGAUCCAAAUUUGGCAGCUCUCAGUAGAGAUUCAUUGGCCAAAAUAGUUUACUCAAAGCUGUUUGACUGGAUUGUGAAAAAGAUUAAUAACUCUAUCGGUCAGGAUCCAAAUUCGAAGAACUUAAUUGGGGUUCUGGAUAUAUAUGGAUUUGAGAGUUUCAAGACAAACAGUUUUGAGCAAUUCUGUAUCAACCUGACAAAUGAGAAAUUACAGCAACAUUUCAACCAGCAUGUCUUCAAAAUGGAGCAAGAGGAAUAUACAAAGGAAGAGAUUAACUGGAGCUAUAUAGAGUUCAUUGAUAAUCAGGAUGUUCUUGAUCUCAUCGAGAAGAAACCUGGCGGCAUCGUUGCUCUUCUUGAUGAGGCUUGUAUGUUUCCAAGAUCAACACAUGAAACAUUCGCGGAAAAGUUAUAUCAAACUUUUAAAGACAAUAAACGCUUCAGCAAACCAAAGUUGUCUCGUACUGAUUUCACCAUCUGCCACUAUGCUGGUGAUGUUACUUAUCAGACUGAUUUGUUCCUAGACAAGAACAAAGACUACGUUGUUCCAGAGUUUGAGGCACUACUCGGCGCUUCAAAGUGCUCCUUUGCUUCAGGGUUGUUUCCACCUCAACCUGAGGAAACUUCCAAAUCAUCAAAGUUCUCCUCAAUAGCCACCCAGUUUAAGCAACAACUACAAUCUUUGCUUGAAACUCUGAAUGCUACUGAGCCACAUUACAUUCGUUGCAUAAAGCCAAAUAAUCUUCUCAAACCAAGGAUAUUUGAGAACACUAAUGUGUUACAGCAGCUUCAAUGUGGGGGAGUAAUGGAGGCAAUUCGGAUAAGUUGUGCUGGAUACCCGACUAGAAAGCAAUUUGAUGAGUUUGUUAAGCGGUUUGCAGUUCUGGCACCUGAUGCUCUUAAAGGAUGCUGUGAUGAGAGGACUGCUUGCGUGAAGCUGCUAGGUAAAGUAAAUCUUGAAGAUUAUCAGGUGGGCAAGACUAAAGUGUUUCUGAGAGCAGGACAGAUGGCAAAACUAGAUGCAUGUCGUGCUGAGGUCUUGGGACGAUCUGCAACCACUAUUCAGUGUAAAGUCCGCUCAUUUUUUGGUCACAAAAAAUAUGUUCUGUUGCGGUUGUCUGCCAUACUACAAACGAUCUGUAGAGGAGAACUUGCUCGCUGUCUGUGCGAGAAAAUGAGGAGGGAAGCUGCUGCUUUAAAAAUUCAAAAGAAUGGUCGCAUGUAUAUUGCUAGAUCAUCUUAUAAAACUUUGCGUGCCUCAGCCGUUUCCAUUCAAACUGGCAUGCGAUGCAUGGCUGCUAGAGAUGAGCUCCAAUGCAGAAGGCGAACGGAAGCUACAAUUGUCAUCCAAAGCCACUGCCGAGGUUAUGUAGCCUACAUUCAACUCCUGAGGCUAAGGGAAGCAGCAAUCAUUAUCCAGUGUGCCUCGAGGGGACAAAUGGCCCGUAAAGAACAUCGGAAACUUCAAAUGGCUGCUAGGGAAACCGGUGCUCUCAAAGCUGCCAAAGAAAAUCUUGAAAAGGAAGUUGAAGAAUUAAAUUCUUGUCUACAAAUGGAGAAGAAGAUGGUGGCUGAUGUUGAACAGGAAAACGCAAAAUUGAAAUCUGCCUUGGAAGAGACUAAGGAGGAAAAGGCAAAAUUGAAAUCUGCCUUGGAAGAGACUAAGGAGGAAAAUUCAAAAUUGCAAUCUGCUUUGGAAGAGAUUAAGGCGGAAAAUGCAAAAUUGCAAACUUCCCUGGAAGAGACUAAGGCAUUGCACUUUCAGGAGGGCCAGAGACCAAAAGUUUGGGUGAACCAAAUUCAUACGGACGAAUGUACUGUUGUUGAUACUGAUUUUAUCAAGAAGUUAACAGCAGAAAACGACCAUCUCAAGGCAUUGGUUAAGUCAUUGGAAAAGAAAGUUAAUGACACCAAAAAGAAAAUUGAUGAAACUAAAAGACUUAGUGAAGAACGCUUGAAGCAAGCGUCAGAAGCUGAAACUAAAGUAAUUGAGUUGAAGAUGGCUAUGCAGAGGCUUGAAGAAAAACUCUCUGAUAUAGAAACAGAGGAUCAAAUUUUGAGGCAGCAGGCUCUACUGAGUUCAUCUUCUAGGAGAAUGUCAGGGCAUUUAUCCUUUUCUAAAUCUCAGCCUUCAGAGAACGAUCAAGAUAGUACUCCGAGAAAAAAAUUUGGUACAGAGGCGGAUAAAGAGUUGAGGAAAUCUCAAGUUGAAAGACAACAAGAGACUGUAGAUGCUCUUCUGAAAUGUGUGGCAGAAGCAGACCUUGGGUUCAGCGAAGGGAAACCAGUUGCAGCUUAUACCAUUUACAAGUGUUUGCUGCACUGGAGAUCUUUUGAAGCAGAAAAGACAAGUGUAUUUGAUCAUCUUAUUCAGAUGGUUGGUUCUGCUAUAGAGGAUCAGGACAAUAGUGAUCACAUGGCUUAUUGGUUAUCCAAUACAUUUGCAUUGUUUUUUCUUCUUCAGCAAAGUCUCAGACCACCUUCAGCACAGAAACCUCCACCCCCUGCAACAUCUUUUUUUGGAAGGAUUUCCCAAAGUUUUCGUUCAUCAACUGCUGGUACUGCACUUGAUAACAUUCGCCAAGUCGAUGCUAAGUACCCAGCUCUGCUUUUCAAACAGCAACUUACAGCAUACGUGGAAAAAAUUCAUGGAAUUGUUCGAGAGAAUUUGAAGAAGGACUUAUCGCCUCUGCUUACUUGCAUUCAGGCACCUAAAACAUCAGAGCAAAGCAUAUCAGAUGAACAGUCAAAUGAUAAUAGCACCCCAGCGGGUUCUUGGCAGAAUAUUAUUGAUUGCCUUAACAAAUUUCUCAAUACGAUGAAAGAAAAACAUUUGCCUCCUGUUCUAGUUCAGAAGAUAUUGAAUCAGGUUUUCCAGUACAUCAAUGUGCAACUCUUUAAUAGCCUCCUUUCAAAUAAAGAAUAUUGCACAUUUACCAAUGGAAAAUUUCUAAAAGUGGGGUUGGAGGAACUAGAAAAAUGGUGUGGUGAAGCCACAGAAGAGUAUGCUGCUUCAUGUUGGGAUGAACUCAAACAUGUGAGGCAAGCAGUUGGAUUCUUGGCUAAAAAUGAGAAGACCACAAUAUCCUAUGAUGAUCUCACUAACGAUAUCUGUCCGAUCCUGAGUGUUCAUCAGCUUUACAAAAUUUGUUUACUUUACGGGGAUGGUAGUGACAGUGAACAAUGCGUAUCGACAGACGUCACUACUAGGUUGAAACUUCUAAUGACAGAUGAUGCAAAUGACGACAGCGACUCCUUCGUGUUGGACGAUAAUUCAAGUAUCCCAUACUCAGUUGAUGAGAUUUCAAAUUCCUUCCAAGGAAACAACUCAUUAAAAGUACAAGCGCCAGCAGAACUACUUAAGAAUUCAGCCUUCCAAUUUUUACAAGAUUGAUGCCCCGAUUUCAGUCCUCCUCUAAUGCAGCUUACCGUUCGAGAUUCAAAACCUCUUUCCCGGUCAGACACCAAGCUGUAAAUCCAUCCACCUUAUCUUUCCUCUAAAUUUUUUCUCUGUACCUUCUGUUGCCCUCGCUGUAAGAUAUUUUCUCAGUUAGUAUUGUAUAGCAUGCUAGGCUGUUUCCGUAGUUAAAAGUGCGGGAUAGGUAUCAUGCUGCCAGUUUACUUCUUAUGUUUCUUGCAUUCCUUGCAUUUUUUGAUGGGCACUGAGGUACAUUUCUUUGUAGGGUUUAGUGGUUUUUUUUUUUUUUUUUAGGUGGGGGGUGGUUGAGAGCUAACAUGUAUGAUAGGAGGAUUUGAUCUCGUAGAUUGUUGUUCGGCCACGAAUUGGCCACCGUUGUAAGAGCAUUGCCCUUUGUAAUGUUGUAGAAAUAUCACAAUCUGCUUCAAUUGUAUUGGUCUUUGAGACUCUAGGUCAAAUCAAUAAAAUAUCACAAUUUUUCU